UCAACCACAAGAUAAACAUAGAAGAAGCGUUAGACCUCAGGCUAUCCGAGGUGACCCGUGAUGAGAAAACAAUCGUUUUGUAAUGUUAAAUUAGAAAUGGACUACUGCAACAGAAAAGCUCCAACAAGCUCCCCCACGCUGCAGUAUCUCUUUAAUGUGGUUUUCCUCGCUAGUAGGUGCGUUUGGAUGAACAUGAUUUAAACAUAACCGCGAAUAGUUGCUGCUCGUCAGGGCAAGAUUAUUCAUUUUACGUGUAAAUUAUUCCAAAUUGUGCUUAAUUCUUUUUAAAAACGACUAGCUACAAAACCCACAAUGCCUUCAAAUAACUGGUCAGCUGGAGUCACGUUGAACAUCGGGACCACGGAACACAACCACACGUAAAGGGAUGUAUCGUUAUCGAGACAGCACCAUCGACACGUGUAACAAGGCGCUUCCUGUGUGUCUCCCCCGCCCGCGGGCUCCACCGCUCGGUUCGGACACGCGGCUGUUAGGACGUCGUGGUCCUCCGGGUCCCGUGUGUCUCUGCGCCCGUCAUGUCCCGCUCCGGUCGCAAGUACAAGACGCUGCAGCAGAGCGGCGGCGGCGGCGGCGGCUCUCCCCCCGGAUGUGACCGGCUGCGGAUGCCCCGGGCCCGCGUGCUGCUGCUCGGCCUCGUCGGGGUUCUGGUGUUCGCGGUGGUGCUCGGAGUCUACCUGUCAAACGACGUCCCCGAGGGACACGUGAGCCGCGUGCCCACCGCAGACCUCGUUAAAGACCGGGUGAGAGGGAUGACGCCAACGGCUCUAAACCAAACUCUAUCGUCGUGGCAGCUGUUGUCCCACAAACCCAGCAAGUGCUCCCCGGCACAAGUCCGCCGCCUGGCCUCUCAGGUGGACGCUACCCGCCUGUGGGAGACCUACCUGAGGCCCAUCCUGAUAGAGCGGCUCCCAGGGACACCGGGUAGCUCGGCUGUUCAGCAGCACAUCGCGUCCGCUCUGUCCGCGCUGUCCGCCGGCUGGGCCGUGGACUUGGACUCCUUCCGGUCCUCGACCCCUCGUGGCCAGGUCACCUUCACCAACAUCAUCGCCACACUGGAUCCUUUGGCCCCGCGGCGGCUGCUCCUGGCCUGCCACUACGACUCCAAGGCCCUGCCUCCGGACCCCCGGGCCCCAGGGAAGGUGUUUCUGGGGGCCAGUGACUCGGCAGUGCCGUGUGCGAUGAUGCUGGAGCUCGUCACCGCUCUGAAUGCCCAGCUUCUCUCAUUCAAGCAGCAGAAGCUGCCAGUGUCUCUUCAGCUGGUGUUUUUUGACGGGGAGGAGGCGUUUGAAGAGUGGACGGACACAGACUCGCUGUACGGCUCCCGUCACCUGGCUGAGCGCAUGGCCAACACGCCUCACCCUGCCGGCGCCACGCACGCCACCAUGCUUCAUGCUGUGGACCUUUUUGUGCUGCUAGACCUGCUCGGCAGUCCCAAUCCACUCAUUGCGAAUCACUUUGAUAACACGGCACGCUGGUUCGACCGUCUGAUCGCUGCCGAAAAGAGGCUUCAUCGACAGGGUCUCUUGACGUCUCACCCAUCAGAGCAGACGUAUUUCCGGAAGGAUGUGUACCUCGGCCCCGUGCAGGACGACCAUAUCCCCUUCCUUCACAAAGGUGUCCCUGUGCUACAUGUCAUCGCCACUCCCUUCCCACAGUUCUGGCACACGCUGGACGACACGGAGGAGAACGUGCACCGUCCCACCGUGGUCAACCUGACCAAGAUCAUGGCAGUCUUUCUGGCAGAAUAUCUUGGCUUCUGAAGACGAACCACUGACAAAUAUUGCGUGAACAGUGGUCACUUCUUUUUAACCCGUACUUGAUUUGUAAAUUAGGAAUAAUUGCUAAAUGACCAGCGGAAAUCUGACCCAAAUGCACGAGUGGAGAAAUGAACCAAACUGUUGUGUGAUCAGUGUAUUGGGAUACCAACUAAAACUUUACCAAAGACUUGCGCCCUGCUGGGCCGACCAGACUGGUAUCUUUUUACGCACGAGUUGGAGACUUCGGUCUAAAUGUCUGAGGUUGGGAUGUGUAUGGAUAGAGUCUGAAUUAAAAUGUGAAUAGUUGUAUGAUGGAACCAGAGAAAAAUAUUUUUAUUAAUUUUAUCGUUCAUUCCAGUGAAAAAUUGAUACCCUUGAAAUGCACUAAUGUCUUCUUGAAGAUGAGUGAAAGUCUCUCUGCUGUAAACACUGUCCUAUAUAUAUUUUGUGUCAGUGCAGGGAUGCUAUUAGAGUAGAAACCCAACAAAUCUUAAUUUGCACCAUAUAAAAGGUUUACUCAAAAGUUUGCAAUAAAGAUUUGAGUUUCUGUUGAAAAUGUCAUGCAAUUUUGACAAAAAAACC